AUGUCAGAUAUAUUUUUUCCUCCGUUUCCACCAAACAUUUCUGUAAAUGGAUUACUAAAACCUAUGAAUCGCAAACAAAAAAAGCCUAUUAAAGCACCUAAUGCAUUUAUAAUUUAUCGAAUCAACUAUUCUCGCGAAAUCCAGAGCUAUCGAGAAAUACCUCAGCCAGAAAUUUCUUCUAUGGCGAGUCAAGCUUGGAAACAAGAACUUCCAAACGUCAAAGAAACAUACCAUAAUUUUGCCAGACAGGCUCGAGAGAUUUAUUUGGCCCAAAAUACUGAAAAUCACGUUGCUGACGGCAAUAUCGGCAGAAGUCAAUCACAAAAUUUGUAUGAAGAUGUUCAAGCGACAACUGAACAAAACAGAAUUAUUGAAGAGAUUAAUCCUCUCGUAUCUACUCCUAUCUUUGACAUCAACGUUAGUUUCGAAUUCGCAAAUAUGCAAUAUCGCAUUGCUACUCUUGAGAAUGAGAUAACUUCAAUGAGACAGACUAUAUCAGAAUUGAACGUUAAACUUAUGCAAUAUUCAAAUGUCUUUGGGAUUUAG